UCCAAACCACAGCCAUGGCACUGAGACUCUCAUCUUCUCAGCGCCACCACACCACCCCUUUCAUCUUCCCUCCACCGUCGAUCUCAACCCCACUUUCUCUCAUCCGAAGGCUCUCCUCUUGCCACGUGUCCCUCCGCCACCGGAGGACGGCGGCGCCCAAGGCCUGUGUGAAGCUUGAGGAGCAGAAUGUUCCAGAAACUGGGAAGACCCAGUGGGGGAAAGUGUCUGCUGUGUUGUUUGACAUGGAUGGCGUGCUCUGUAACAGUGAAGAACCUUCUAGAAGGGCUGGAGUCGACGUGUUCCAUGAAAUGGGUGUGCAAGUAACGACUGAGGAUUUCGUGCCCUUCAUGGGGACUGGUGAAGCUAAUUUUUUAGGAGGUGUUGCUUCUGUUAAGGGAGUUAAGGGGUUCGAUCCUGAGGCAGCAAAGAAAAGGUUCUUUGAGAUAUAUCUAGAGAAGUAUGCAAAACCAAAUUCUGGAAUAGGAUUCCCAGGUGCCCUUGAACUCAUUAAUCAGUGUAAAAGCAAUGGCCUAAAAGUUGCAGUUGCAUCUAGUGCUGACCGCAUCAAGGUUGAUGCAAAUUUAGCUGCUGCAGGUCUACCAUUGUCAAUGUUCGAUGCUAUUGUGUCAGCAGAUGCAUUUGAGAAUUUGAAACCUGCACCAGAUAUUUUUUUAGCGGCAUCAAAGAUCUUGGAUGUGCCCCCUGGUGAGUGUAUUGUAAUUGAAGAUGCACUAGCUGGAGUACAAGCUGCCAAGGCUGCACAAAUGAGAUGCAUAGCUGUGACAACUACGUUACCGGAAGAGACUCUAAAAGCAGCUGGUCCUUCACUUAUCAGAAAGGAGAUAGGAAAUGUUUCAGUGCAUGAUAUUCUCACUGGUGGCUCUGAUUGCCCUAAUGAGAAGAUACAGGGAUCUCAGUAUAUUAAUUCUUUUGAACAAACUUCACCUGAAGUGCUUAAAGAAGGAGCAGAAAGUGGAUCAAUCCAGGAAACAAACUCUGAUGGUGGUGGGGUCCUCUCAAUUGCGGGGUUGCAGGGUUCACGGCGAGAUAUGGUGAGAUAUGGAAGUUUGGGCAUUGCUCUCUCUUGUCUUGCAUUUGCUGUCUCAAACUGGAAGGCAAUGCAAUAUGCAUCUCCUAAAGCUAUUUGGAAUUUAUUGUUUGGAGUCAAUCGUCCUACUUUUGGAAAGAAUGAAGGUGAAUCUCAAACUGGAAGAAUCCAACAAUUUGUGAACUAUAUAUCUGAUUUGGAAAGCAGGGGAAAUGCUACUACUGUGCCUGAGUUUCCAUCUCAACUUGAUUGGCUGAAUUCGGCUCCCCUUCAAUUACGCAGGGAUCUGAAAGGCAAGGUGGUUGUACUGGAUUUUUGGACCUAUUGUUGUAUAAAUUGUAUGCAUGUCUUGCCGGAUCUAGAAUUUUUGGAGACAAAGUAUAAAGAUAAGCCGUUCACUGUUGUGGGAGUGCAUUCUGCAAAGUUUGAUAAUGAGAAAGACUUAGAGGCCAUCCGCAAUGCAGUUUUACGCUAUGGCAUCAAUCAUCCAGUUGUCAAUGAUGGAGAUAUGUAUUUAUGGAGAGAGCUAGGUGUGAAUUCAUGGCCUACAUUUGCUGUUGUUGGGCCUAAUGGUAAGCUCCUUGCACAGUUAUCAGGUGAAGGUCGCCGAAAGGACCUUGAUGAUAUAGUGGCAGCAGCUCUUAUUUUUUAUGGCGAAAAGAAAAUGUUAGACAACUCUCCACUUCCCUUGAGUUUGGAGAAAGAGAAUGAUCCCCGUUUAUUGACAUCUCCUUUGAAGUUUCCUGGAAAGCUGGCAAUUGAUGUUAUCAACAACAGGCUGUUCAUUUCAGACAGUAACCAUAACCGCAUAGUGGUUACAGACCUAAAUGGGAAUUAUAUUCUCCAAAUCGGGAGCACAGGAGAAGAGGGUCUACGUGAUGGUAGCUUUGAUGAUGCCACCUUCAAUCGCCCUCAGGGUCUGGCUUACAAUGCAAAGAAAAAUCUCCUCUAUGUUGCAGAUACUGAAAACCAUGCUUUGAGGGAGAUUGACUUUGUUAAUGAGACAGUAAAAACUCUUGCUGGAAAUGGAACAAAAGGUUCUGACUACCAAGGGGGAGGAAAAGGGGCAACUCAGCUCCUCAACUCUCCAUGGGAUGUCUGCUUCGAGCCAAUCAAUGAGAUAGUUUAUAUUGCAAUGGCUGGCCAACAUCAGAUCUGGGAACAUAAUACAUUAGAUGGAGUCACAAGAGCAUUUAGUGGUGAUGGUUAUGAAAGAAACUUGAAUGGAUACAGCUCUACAAGCACAUCAUUUGCUCAACCUUCUGGAAUUUCAUUAUCUCCUGAUCUAAAGGAAGUAUAUAUUGCUGAUAGUGAAAGUAGCUCCAUACGGGCACUUGAUCUGAAGACAGGAGGAUCAAGAUUGCUAGCUGGUGGGGAUACAGUUUUCUCAGACAACUUGUUCCGGUUUGGAGAUCAUGAUGGAGUAGGGUCUGAAGUCCUCCUUCAACAUCCAUUGGGUGUCUCGUGUGGAAAGGAUGGUCAAAUUUAUGUAGCAGAUUCUUAUAAUCACAAGAUCAAGAAGCUAGACCCAGCUACUGGAAGAGUUAGUACAUUAGCAGGAACAGGGAAAGCAGGUUUCAAGGAUGGAAGAGCCCUAGCUGCUCAGCUCUCAGAGCCAUCAGGAAUUGUUGAAGUAGAAAAUGGGGUCCUUUUUAUUGCUGAUACAAACAACAGUGUAAUAAGAUACUUAGACUUGAAAAAGAAAGAAGCUGAUCUUGUUACUCUAGAGCUGAAAGGAGUUCAGCCUCCUAUACCAAAAUCCCGAUCUUUGAAACGCCUUAGAAGACGAUCAUCAGCUGAUACACAGACCAUUACAGUUGAUGGUACUUCAUCCAAUGAGGGAAAUCUGUAUAUUAGAAUAUCAGUUCCAGAAGGGUACCAUUUCUCAAAGGAAGCCCAGAGUAAAUUCAGUAUAGAAACUGAGCCUGAAACUACAAUGGUCAUUGCUCCCUUGGAUGGAAUCCUAAGCCCAGGAGGAUUUGCAACUCUUCAUUUUAGGAGAUCCUCUCCAUCAGCUUUCAUGGCAAGAGUAAAUUGCAAGGUGUACUAUUGUAAGGAGGAUGAGGUCUGUUUGUACCAAUCUGUGGCUUUUGAGGUACCAUUCCGAGAUGCAAUUCCAGGUUCCAGUCCUGCAGAAAUUUCACUUGAUUAUGCUGUGAAGCCCAAAACACCCACAAAAUCUUACUAGCAGUUGCCCGUUGACUAAACACCUUGUAAAUAUAUUGUAAGACCCUCAUAUUUCUUGGCUCACUUCCAUAACAAACAAUUUUAUAUUCAAUUGGAUGGAGUGAUUAAUUACAGUAUAAAAUUUUAGAUGUAUCAAAUCAUUGCUCAAGACAGCUUCUUGCUGCUGUUUUGGUUAUUUUACUCUGCUCUGAGGCACAAUAAGUCUCCUUUGCUUGGAUAAUAAAAUGUGGAGCAACAUCUCAAAUUAUUUUUCUCUA